AUGUCUCCUCACAUAUUGAUGCUGUACCAUCAUCUACCUCCACUCCUGUCUCCUGGAGCUCUCUGCACCCCAUCAUCUACCUCCACUCCUGUCUCCUGGAGGAAUCUCUGCACCCUGUCGUCUACCUCCACUCCCGUCUGCUGGAGCUCUCUGCACCCUGUCGUCUACCUCCACUCCUGUCUGCUGGAGCUCUCUGCACCCCGUCAUUUACCUUCACCUGAGGCUCUCUGCACCUCAUCAUCUACCUCCACUCCCAUCUCCUGGAGCUCUCUGCACCCUGUCAUCUACCUCCACUCCUGUCUUCUGGAGCUCUCUGCACCCCAUUGUCUACCUCCACUCCCAUUUCCUGGAAUUCUUGCACCCCGUUGUCUACCUCCACUUCCAUCUCCUGGAGCUCUCUGCACCCUGUCAUCUACCUCCACUCCCAUUUCCUGGAGCUCUUGCAUCCCGUUGUCUACCUCCCCAUUGUCUGUAUUCGUUUGUCCAAGGUUAAAAAUUAUGAUUAUGAAGGAGACUGCAAUUCGACAAGAAUUGAGGGGAAAUGAGAAUGAUUGGAAUGCGAUUGGGGGCAUUUUCAUAUAUUAUCAUUAG